UCCCAAUUCCCAACCCAUAUAUAUACCGUUCACCACCCCUUCCUAAAUUUUCUCAGGACUCAAUCCGUGAAUUUCUACCCAAGAUCUUGUGUCAUCAAAUCAGUCCCUAAUUGUAGUAAUUCGAUUCUUUUCUUUCUUUUUUGUUUGGCCAAAUUUUACACAUUAAUGCAUGGCGCAGCUUCCGCCAAAAGUUCCAUCCAUGACACAAAAUUGGUAUCCUUCCUUCCCUUUCCAGAUGAUGCCAUUGCCUCCUCCUCCAACAACUGCCCAGCAGAAUUCUUGGGUUGAUGAAUUCCUAGACUUCUCGUCCGCUCGGAGGAGCUCUCACCGGAGGUCCGUGAGCGAUUCCGUUGCCUUCGUGGAGGCUCCAUUCGUCGAAGAAUGCAGAAACGCUGAUAAUCCAACAAACAUCAGUGUUACAUGCAACGGUCAUAAUUUUGAUGGAUUGGAUGAUGAGCAACUCAGGAACAUGUUCUCGGACGAUAUUGCCACCAAGGAGCUUCCGCCUUUGUCAUCAUCCGAUCCAGCCAGCACUAAUCCGUCCACCCCAUCUGAUCAAAACAGCGAAAAUGAUGAGAAGAAUGCAGCAGCUCAAGAAAACCAAAAUUUGCAGCCAAAAAAUGAGCCAGGUGAAGUGGACAUCUCAACCAAACGGGAAACAGAAACACAAACGGAAUCCCCAGCCAAUCCUUCCGCAGAUGCUAUUGUCGAUCCGAAGAGAAUAAAAAGAAUUCUUGCUAAUCGCCAAUCAGCUCAGAGAUCAAGAGUAAGGAAGCUGCAAUACAUUUCAGAGCUUGAAAGGAGUGUCACAACACUGCAGACAGAAGUAUCGGCAUUAUCUCCAAGGGUUGCAUUCUUGGAUCAUCAGAGAUUGAUUCUUAAUGUUGAUAAUAGUGCUCUUAAGCAACGCAUUGCUGCUCUAGCUCAAGAUAAAAUUUUCAAAGAUGCCCAUCAAGAAGCAUUGAGGAAAGAGAUAGAGAGAUUAAGGCACAUAUAUCAUGAGCAGAACAUGCAGAUGAUGUCUAAGAAAGCCGCUGAUGAAGCAUCCCCGCUACCGCUACCACAACCAAACCUUAACAGGAGUGGUGGUACGGACCAAGAAUAGUUCCUCUUGUAAUUAUGGAGAAUUGGAGAAGAGGAGGAGAUGAUAGAGCUUAGUAGAGGACCCAAAGUGAUGAGAGGCCAUGGUUCAAUCAGCCAACCUGCUCAAUCACGUGAUGUGUUCUACCCUUCCAGUGUUAACAAGUGGACCCUUAGACAAAGCUUGCUGGAGUGGGGAUUGGAACUUUUUUUUUUUUUUUGCUUUUCUUCCCACCCUUCUUUCCCUACUUUUGGGUGAUUGUGUUAGAGAUUUAUAUGUGUGCGCUCUUAGCUAGGAUGGCAUGCAUGGUGAUAAAAUGAUUUCACAAAAUGAUUUUGUUCUUUUUUUUUUUUGUUAUAUACAUAUAUAUGUAUAACAUUAGGAAAUGGUCACCACUACCUCAAAUUUGUAUGGAUUUAUUUGGGUAGUUGGUCGCUUGCUGAAUUGCAAGAAAAAAAAAAAAAAAGUGAUGAAAGCUUUGAUUGGCUUCGUUUGUGAUCCUUAACCCUUUUAAAUUGUUCAUCAUCCGCCUGUUUCCCUUUUCGUUUGUUUCAACUUUUGGGGAUAAAGAUGAUGGAUAUGUAGGGUUGUAAACUAUUAUGGGGUUGCAGAAAGAAGUGGGAAUGUCAGAGUAGGAUUAGAAAUUUAGCUUUUGGAGAUUAUUUUUUUUUUAUAAAGAAAAAAUUUAUUCUGGUAUUGUAAUCUUGGAUGCCUUCUGGUUAUUAUUUCCACCC